UGCUACAAUGGACAAAUCCGUAUUGCUGCUAUUUUCUCUGAUAUCCUUUCACAGUGUGUGGGUGUACUGCACGGAUUUUGCACUGACGCCCAUUGAACUCGCCCCAAUCCCCUGUAAUGACAAAGCAGUGGAGAAGCUCUCUCGUCUGGCUGCCACUUACAUCAACGAGGAUCGCACCGACGGCUACAAGUUCGCCCUCAACCGCAUUGCAAACGUCCACCUGCACGCUCAGGGCCCAGCGGGUAAUGUGUAUUACCUGGACCUGGAUGUCCUGGAGACCAAGUGUCACAUCGGCAGCCCGAAACCAUGGAAACGCUGUGACGUCAGGCCAUUCAUGGAAACGCAAAUCUCUGGCAACUGUAACACCACCAUCCUCCACACACCCGCGGGAUACUCGUACCUGUACAGCUACGACUGCACUCUCGUCCCAGACCCCCCAGAGAAGCUCAUGCAGACCUGUCCAACCUGCCCCCUCCUGCUGCCUGUAGACAGCCAACAGGCCCUGAACGCAGCACGGCUCACCCUGGCCUCCUACAAGAGACAGUCCACACUGGGGGCAGGGCUCGGCGUGAAGAAGAUCACCAGAGCUUCAGCUCAGGUGGUGCCAGUAAAAGGCAGCUUUGUGGAGUACACAGUCCAGGAGUGUCCAGAGGGUGUGACUGGGAGAGGAACCUGCAACAGACUGACCCUUCAGUCUGACACAGAGACUGCAGGUUUCUGUGCGGGAUCCGUGCGCGGUGACUUCAGUGCCUAUCCUGAAGUCCAGGUGUCCUGUGAGAUGUUCAAAGUACAGAAUGUGGACUUCCUCAGACCAGUGCAGCCUCAGGGUCACGACCUCCCCCUAGACCCUGUGAUCCCGACCUUCCCGCCUGUGAUCGACGACCCGAUCAUUUAUCCGGAGCCUGUUCCCUCUGAUCCCAUAAUGCCCCCUAUUGUUGAACCACCGCCAUUUGACCCCACACCCUUUCUCCCCGUGCCCUCUGAGCCCCCUAUUGUGGUUUACCCCUCCAACCCUUUCAGCUCGUCCUCCAGUGAGUCUGCUGAAGAUCUAGUUAACCAGCGAAGGCAGCCUCAUGCCGGAAGUCCCUUUGAUUCUUCCUCUGAGGAGAUCGGAGGCCCUGUGGCUCUGCGACCUCCCUUCAACUUCCGCUAUCAGAGGCGCGACCGCAAGAAACGUCAGGCCCUGAUGGAGCUGUCACCUGCUCACAACCCCUUCUUCCUGUCUGAUUUCCCCAGUGGGCCUUCUCCUUUCCGCUCCUGUCCCGGUCCUUCUCGAUACACCACAGUUUAAGAAUCAGUCUGUUCAUGUUUGAUUUAUAAAGUGAGUGGGUGGGCCGAUAAACCGCUCCUCUGUCUGCUCGCCGGAGGCUCGUAAUAAUUUUUUUGCUAAUGAGAGAAAUGCUUUCUGCUUUCCCUGGAACCUCAAAUUACCUCUUUGCUGCAUCUAGCGCUGCUGUCAAAGCAGGCAAAGCUAAAAACCAUUGUGUAUCUGAAAAAGGCUUCAAAUAUUUAAACUGCUGAAUAAAUCUUUUUAUCUAGGCCUAUACUCAGGCUAACAGUGGUUUCAAGCAAUAA